AAUAUUUUAUUAUAUGUCUCUAUUUCUAUCAAUAUAUUUCUUCGAUCUGACGUUGCCCUAGCAAAUAUUUUGCUUAGUCUCAAAAGAAACUUCAUCAAGUCUACAUGGAGGUUCUUCCUGACAGUUUUUUAGUACUCAAGCUCUUUGCUGGUUGGGUGCCGCUUCGAUGGAGCUUAACUUUAAAAGAAAAAAUUUACAAUUUAUACACACUAAUAAUUGAAAUGAUAUUAGUUACUUUUUGCAUUUCAUGUAUCGUUGAUUUGUUCGUAACGAAGAAUAUUGAUGAAAUUGUUCACGCUAUGUCCAUGGCAUUUACGAUAAUGACUGUCUUUGCCAAGUUGACUCUUAUGACUGUUAAACGCAAUGCCAUUUUACAUAUUUUUCAGUUAUUACAAAGUGAUACUUGCAUAAUAAAAUCCGAUGAAGAAGCUCACAUACAAUUGGGAUAUGACAAGAGAGUCAAGAAUGUAACGAAACAGUAUGGAGGAUUAGUAUGUGCCGCUGUUAUAGCUAUAUCAGGUGCUUCAGUGAUAGAAAACGUUCCAACCAGAACUCUUCCUAUCAGCGGAUGGUUCCCCUAUCAACACUCAAACAGCACCGGAUAUUGGGUCGCAUAUUUUCAUCAAAUUAUCGCCCUUUCUUAUGGUGGUAUGAUUGGAUCAUCGUUUGACAUUAUCGUCUUUGGUAUAAUGAUACAAAAUUCCAGCCAGUUGAGAAUUUUGAAGCACCGACUUGAAAAUUUUGCCGAAAUAAUAACCCAGCAUCGGCAACACCAGAACAUAACAAAAUCACAUUUUUCUAUCAGGUCAUUGGAGCGCAAAAUAUUGGAGAAGCUUAUCAAUCAUCACCAAGUCAUCAUUCAGUACUCACACCUAUCCAAUGAUGUCUUCUCACCAGUUAUUUUUCUUCAAUAUACUUUGAGCUCGCUGAUACUCUGUAUGUGCGUUCAAUCAUUGACCAAACUGGCUUUCAUGGGUCCCGAGUUUGUGUUUUUAUUAGUUUUUCUUGGGUGUAUGCUGAUGGAAAUAUAUUUUUACUGUUGGUAUGGCAACGAAGUUAUGUUGGAGAGCAUGGAUUUAAGUAUUUCGAUUUACAAAAUGAACUGGUACUUUUUGACUAAUGAAAGCAAGAAAGAUCUCCUUAUAAUGAAAACGAGGACUCUUAAGCCAAUAAAGUACACUAGCGGUACGUUAAUUGAACUUUCGUUGGAUUCUUUUACUAAUCUUGUUAAAUUUUCGUACUCAGUAUACAAUCUUCUUCAUCAAAGAAGUUCCAGUAAUUUACAGUCUGCAAGGGAUCCAUGAAGUAGUAAAUUGUUAUAGACAUAUGAGUAGUAGAAAAUUACAAGAAGGUUGAAGUAAAAACAUCUAUAUAAUUAGUCAAGCUUAGCCGGAAUUUCUCCAUAUUGUUGAUAAAGAAGUUUGACCUGAACUUGCCCAAAAAACAAAAAAGACUAAGUAGUUUCUAUGAAAUCUACUAAAAACCACAAAUUAUAUCAUUGUAUAAAAAUAUAAGA